ACACGAAUACAAAGAGCCAUACGACCUUCGGGUAUCCUUUUUCCAUUUUUUUUCCCUCCUUAAUCUUGUGUGUGCUUUCAAAAUUUUUAAAAAUAGAGAUCUGUGGCAGUGCUGGGGUGAGGAAACUGUUGCUAAGGGGAAUUUGCGCUUUCCCCCAUUUCUUUUUCUGUCUCUCUUCCUCUUUCUUUUUCCUGGUCAAGGUUUUAAAUAUACCAAGAAGUUGAGAAGCAGGAUGGCCGUGUACAACUGUUUCCAGCCAAAUUUAUAGAGAUUUUUUCUUUUUGCUGUCACAUUUUAAGAACUGGUAAAUUUUGAUGGUCGAGGGAUUUGAAAAAUUUAGCCGCUUGGGAAGUAUAGAUUUCUUUUUUUAAGCUGGCUGAAGGGAUAAUGUAAAUUUCUGCCACGGGCAAACGUCGAAGGAAGGGGAGAUUUGAGACUCCCUCACAAAGCUUUUGCGUGCGUUUUACACACCCUCCCCCAGAACCAAAACCAAGUGGCUUGAAUGUGGCAAUUAUCCAAGGCCAGUAGGUUUAAAAUAUUUGGCUAUUAUAAUGGAGACACUCAUUUCCCUGGGGAGUGGGGGCAAAGCCCUUCUUACAGUGUGUCUUACACACAUUUUCAUGAGGACAUUGUGUGUGUGUGUUUCUCAAAGCAAAUUAUUUUGUAAAGAUUUAUCUUGGGGUUUUGUGCUUUGUAUAUAUGUACAGUAUGUGUGUAUGUGUCAUUGCAGAUGUUGUUUUCAAAAAUGAUUACCUUUGGUUUUAUGUGUGCAAAGUAGCCCCUAGGAUGUAAGUUUUUUUCUGUUGUGUUCCCAAAUGUGAUCCAAACAGGAUUUUGUAUGCAAAUUACAGUUUAGAAGAAAUCCUAUGCUUAGCAUACUUAGGCACUUUCAUUCUAUGUGCAUUUACUGUAUUUUUUUUGCUCCUCUUCUAAAGUAUCAGAUUAGUGAAUAAUUAAAUAAUUGCCAAGGAGUAUACAGUCCAUGUGGUAAAUGAGGGUAGACAAUUUAUUGAAUCUGUGAUUCAAAGCCUUCUUUAGUGACUGUUUUGCCUAAGUGGUUUUGCUUUUUAUUGUCUCACGUUCUUAAAUGUACAACUGUGUAUAUUUUGGCCUUUAUGUGUGGUUUGGUUGGUGUGUUCAGAAGGGAAAUUCUCUCUUGGCUUUUUGACAGAAUGGCCGUUUAUAGGUUGGGAUUUGUUUGAAAAGCUCCACAGCUGGCAAAAUAUCAGGAAAUAAUCUAGUCAAGUCCAAUUCUCAAAACUGUUCACGGUGGUGGUGAUGGGGGAGGGGCCCAGAGGAGGCAACGGCAAAUAAUACACAGGAGGGAUAGAAAUGCAUUUUGGUUAUCAUGUUGCAUUUUUGGAAUGAAAAGCCUCUCCAUGUCUAAGAGUCACAGAGAAAAGCGUAUGAAUUAAAGAAUAGGCUGAGAGCAGAGCCUCCGUUAUAUGAGCCGUAUUCUCACUUCAUUCCGUUACAGAACCACUGUCUCCAUUAAGAGUCACACAGAAAAUAUGUAUAUUCAAAUCUAUCUUCGCAGAUUGGAGUGAAAGCAUAGGAGGGAUAUGGGUGAUGAGGGAGAAACUGGAAUGUCACAAGAGAAGUAGCAACCAGGAGAUAAAAGAUCUACUGUAGAGUUCAAAUUUCAGUGCAACACACCUCUGUAUGAUAAUAAUACACUUCCAUCCCUGGCUAGCGGCCUACGCAGUCUGAAGCAGCAUUUAGAACACUAAACAAUGGCGAUAAAACUACUGGUACAGGUCUUGAAAUUAUUUAUAAUGCAAGUGGCCCUGUGUGGGCUCUCUGGGGUCUCACCUGUACUGAGUGUAUUUUAUUCCCUAGCAAUGCAAGUUAGGUCAGUGUUUAAUAACACUGUCUCAAAUGUGGAUCAUUCCACAAGUUUAGACCUGUGUAUCUAUGAAAUCCAGUCUGAUUCCAGUGAACUUUGUGAUGGUGGCAAUGCUGGUCAUUUUUAAUGGAGUUUUGCCCUUUCUAAUUCUUUUCCGCAUCACUGCAGGUCAUCACGUGUACUUUUUAACUUCUCAGAAAAGGGAGAGCUCCUCCUAGAGCGGUACGCAGCCCACGUCCCGACUUCUGGACUCUCUGAUUUUUUCUAGGAACCUAGCCCCAUAUCCAAUGUCCUUGCUUUGAGUUUCUUUCUUCGUAAGAAAGAGAAUUCCUCCCACGAAUAUAUCGUUGGCUUGGCCUUCUUAUCAAAGCAGAGCAAAGCUGAACUUGGUUGAUUUUGCUCGGGAAUCCGCGGGGCCCCUAGAGAUGAGAACUCUGAACUAAGGAGAACUGCCAUUUUGCUGGUGAUAUCUGAAAGAUCUGUGACCAGGGCCGACAAGAACUAAAAGCCUCCCACCACCAAACGGGCUGGUCAUGUGGACAAAGCGGCAGCACUUAGCUGUUGAGCUCUGCUCCUCCCUUAAGGAGCAUGAAAAGUGGAGACAAGGGGCCCCAGAGGUGAUUUCUCUUGGCUUCCUACUGGCUGGAGGAUUCAGAACAGCUAGUUUGUUUUGCAGAGGCUGGAGUCCCAGGUGUACAAUUGUGACAGCAAGGGGGCUGUGCAGCCCCGGGUCACGGCAGCUCACCUCUCUGAUCCAGCUUUUCCUUUCAUUUCCCUACCCCAUCCCCAAAGCAUUAAUGAUAGAAUAGUGUGGGGUUGGUGACACGUUGAGGGCUGCCGUGAUCAGUGUAUUCCUUAUUUAGGAGUCUUAACUCUGAAUGCAUCUGUAUGAAAAUUAUAGAGAGGGUAGAAUCAUUAUUCUUUAUGUCAACAAAAAGUGGUAUCAGUUCAAAAAAAUAAACACUAGAUUAAAAGUAGCAAUAACUGAAUUCCUCUGUCUUCUGACCUUGAAAAAGAUCUGUAACUUCUCUGCAUGUCUCUUCUCUGGACCUGGGGUAAUAUGUGUUUCCUAGAGCUGUCGUGUGGAUGAGAGAACCCACGUGAAGUAUUCUGAACUCCUUAAGGAAUGAUGUCAAAGCAAUAAAAUGCAAUAAUGUUAUUAUAGCAAAGAUAGUGAGGAGGAGAAGACAGAUCUGCAUUUUCUUCCUUAAUCUAAUCUUUCCAGAUGCUGGUGGGUCCUUCUGAGUCUCCUCUCUGUUCCUUAGGUUGGAGUGGUGGGGGUUCCAUGCGCGGGUGCAGGAAGAAUGCCUUCCACACUCUGAAACCUCGUUCGUCAGGAAGGCCCUUGUAGGCACUACCCUUUCGGUAAGGGGUGAGCGUGACACCCAGUGCUGUGCUAGGGGCGCACAGGAUCUGCAGAGAGAAGAAGGCAUCUCUCCUCUGCAGGCCGAGGACAGGCAGCCAUGUGCUGUGUGCUCCCUCACGGCUUGCCUACUCCUUCUUCACAGAACCCACCGCCUGGUGCCCAGGCUCCUCUGAUCACCCUCCAUGAGAAAGGAAAGUGAAUCUAGAGAGGCCAGUGCUUCCUACCAAGCCCGUGAAGUCCAGUUGACUGGGGACACCUUUUGGAGCAGUCCAGCAGUGUGAGCGUGGUUGUUCCGGCUUCCGCCCGCCAUGUCCUUCAGUGCCACCAUUCUCUUCUCCCCUCCCAGUGGUAGCGAGGCCAGAUGCUGCUGCUGUGCCUGUAAGAGCGAGACUAGUGGGGGCAGCACGGGCUCCCAGGGCGGGAAUCCUCCUCCCAGCACUCCUAUCACAGUGACCGGACAUGGCCUGGCAGUUCAGAGUUCAGAGCAGCUCCUGCAUAUCAUCUACCAGCGGGUGGAUAAGGCCGUGGGUCUGGCUGAGGCUGCUCUGGGUCUUGCCAGGGCCAACAAUGAAUUGUUAAAACGUCUCCAGGAGGAAGUGGGUGAGCUGAGGCAAGGGAAAGUACCCACCCCUGAGGAAGAUGGGGAAAGCCGGGCACAUAGUUCCCCACCUGAGCAGCCUGGACCCCUCAAGGAGAGUCCCGGGGAAUCCUGCAAGGCUGUGUCUGCCGUGGAAGAGGAGUGUGACAGCGUGGGCAGCGGCGUGCAGGUGGUGAUUGAGGAGCUGCGGCAGCUGGGAGCCGCCUCGGCUGUGGGGCCUGGGCCUUUGGGCUUCCCAGCUGCUCAGAGAGACAUGCGGCUCCCGGGAUGCCCCCUGGCUGCCAGCGAGGGAGCCCCGAUGCUCAAUUCCCUGGUGGAUGAUUAUGUGGCCUCUGAGGGUGCAGUACAGCGGGUGCUGGUCCCUGCCUAUGCCAAGCAGCUCUCACCAGCCACACAACUGGCUAUCCAGCGGGCAACCUCAGAGACAGGGCCAGAAAAUGGAACCAAGCUGCCACCACCCCGCCCCGAGGACAUGCUCAGUGCUGCUGCUGCGCUGGACUUGGAAGAGUCAGGCCCGGGGGGACCUGGGGAGCUGAGACACUCUCUAGGGUUUACUGCUUCCCCGUGCAGGACCAGAGGGAGUGGGCAGAAGAACUCCAGGCGCAAGCGGGAUCUGGUCCUCUCUAAAUUGGUCCACAAUGUGCAUAACCACAUCACCAAUGACAAGAGAUUCAAUGGGUCUGAAAGCAUCAAGUCCUCUUGGAAUAUUUCAGUAGUGAAGUUCCUUCUGGAAAAGCUCAAGCAGGAGCUGGUGACCAGUCCCCACAAUUACACUGAUAAGGAGCUGAAAGGAGCCUGUGUAGCCUACUUCCUUACUAAGAGGCGUGAGUACCGCAACUCCCUGAACCCCUUUAAAGGCCUGAAGGAAAAAGAGGAGAAGAAACUUCGAAGUCGCAGAUACCGGCUUUUUGCCAACCGAACCAGCAUCAUGAGGCAUUUUGGACCUGAGGACCAACGCCUGUGGAAGGAUGUGACAGAAGAGCUGAUGUCAGAUGAAGAGGACAGUCUUAAUGAGCCAGGUGUCUGGGUGGCCCGGCCUCCCCGUUUCCGGGCCCAGCGCCUCACAGAGCUCUGCUACCACCUGGAUGCCAACUCUAAGCAUGGCACUAAAGCCAACCGUGUGUAUGGGCCUCCCUCAGACCGACUACCUUCGGCUGAGGCCCAGCUCCUUCCACCAGAACUUUAUAAUCCUAAUUUCCAAGAAGAGGAAGAUGAGGGAGGUGAUGAGAAUGGACCUGUCUCCCCAUCUUUUGACCAACCGCACAAAACCUGCUGUCCUGACUUGAACUCAUUCAUUGAAGUCAAGGUGGAAAAGGAUGAGUGAAAUCUGUAACCAAGAGUAACUCUGGCUUCUGCCACUCCCCAUGUCCCAGAAAUGGGUGGCCGUGGGGCUUCCUAGAAUAACGAGAUGUUCUCUGCAGUCUGAGAAGGCAAAUCUGCCCCUCUUCUUAACACAGCCCCCACUGGAAGUGGAAGCUGGCAGCUCUAGUGGGAUAAAAGGACUUAUCUAGAAGGGGGAAAACUCUCCCCAUUGUGAAUGGCAAGCCAGAAAAUGCUUAUUCCUAAGCAUAAAUAGUGCCUCAGAGGAGCCUGAGAUAAGAAAAGGAGGAGGAUGGGUCUAAGAAACAUGAGGCCUUCUUGACAUAUGCCCCAGUCUUUGAGUUGUGUUUUUUUUUCCUGGUUUCACUCAAAGCUCUGGGGAAGCAGCCCUGGUGGUACCUUCUGUUUCCCAGCGACUGCUGGUCUUGCUCUGCAGUGGAAGGCGCUCAGGACCAGUCUAGGGUAAUACUGCCACCUGGUGGGCAGUUUUAGUCAUGGGCUUGAUUCUUCUGAGCAGAACACGGGCUCCGUCCCUAUUUGGGAAUUGGGAUAUAGAUAUAAUAGCUAUUGUUUAUUGAAUUAUAUAAGGCAGAUUUUAUUAUUCCCGUAUUACACAUGAGGAAAUUAAAGCUUAAAGAGUUGUAUGUCUCACCAGCAGCUGCUCUCCCGCUGUGUGACCAAGCAGUCUACAGGGCCUUGUAGCUAUUUCUUAGUCCUGUCAGCCAAGCUGUAUUUUGAGCUGCAUACACGUGCGCACACACACACGUACACAAAAUUUGUGCAUUUUGA